CAAAGGGAGGCGCCGCUCGGCCCGAGACGCCGGCCAGGGUGGGGGUCGCCGCCCGCCCGCCCGCCCUCCCUCGAGCCCUCGCUUUCCGGCUGCCGGAAACCGGCCCCGCCGGCCGUGGCCCCGCGGAGCCGCGGCGCCGCUCAGAUAUCUGGCUGGACAUCAGAAAUUGCUUUUGAUGGCUUAGGGCCUCCUCCUAGAGACUCCAGAGAAUUGGUUUUAACCAUUCCAUGUAGCUGACCCAGCCACUUCGCCUCCUCAGCUCACAGCAUCCAUGACCUUCUGUCCUCCUGGUGAAGCCUGUGCCUCCAGGUGACCUCUGAUGCCACUGAGACAGGUGGUGGAGUGACCUGACCAAGGUUUACAUUUUAUGGACAAAAUUGAGUCUUUUACUUGGAUUUCUUGAAAUCUCCCUUCAGGUAAAAAGAUGGCUUAUCAGAAGGUCAAUGCAGAUUUAAGAACCUCAGGAAACUCACCUUACUUAGACAAUGACGACAUCCAAGCCACUGCCCUUGACUUAGAGUGGGAUAUGGAGAAAGAACUGGAAGAACCUGGCUUUGACCAGUUCCAGCAAGAUAAUACUGAGACUCAGAACUUGGGGCACUCAGAAACUUUAGACCUCCAUCUUGAUUCCAUUCAACCAGCUGCUUCACCCAAAGGAAGGUUCCAGAGACUUGAAGAAGAGCCUGACUAUAUUACCCACUACCCAAGAUCGACACCAAAGAGCAAACACUGCAACCUUUGCUACCUUUUAAAAGUAGUUUGCACAGCCACCACUUUAUUUAUUUCUGGAAUUCUAAUAGGUUAUUAUGCACAUAUGAAUUGCCCUUCUGAUGACACACCAUCAGGAACAAAGGACCUUCAGUUAUACCAGGAUAUUCUCAAGACAAUCAAAGCAGAAGAUAUUAAGAAGUCUUUCAGAAAUUUUGUACAACUCUAUAAAAGUGAAGAUGACAUGGAAAUUCCAAAGAAGAUUAAGACUCACUGGGCUGCACUGGGCUUGGAAGAUACACAGCUUUUGAACUACUCAGUGCUGCUGGAUUUCCCUGGGCCCUCUCCAGGCACCAUCACGGUGAGCAGCACCGGCCAGUGUUUUUAUCCUGAUGGCCAACCUUGCAGGGAAGAAGCCAGAAAAGGCCAUAGCCAAGAUCUGCUCUCCUCAUAUGCAGCCUAUUCUGCCAAAGGAACUCUCCAGGCUGAUGUCAUUGAUGUGAGUUAUGGAACUGCAGAUGAUUUGAAAAGGAUUAGAAAAUUGAAAAAUACAACAAAUCAAAUUGCACUCCUGAAAUUAGGAAAAUUACCACUACUCUAUAAGAUUUCCUUACUGGAAAAGGCUGGGUUUGGAGGUGCUCUUCUCUACACUGAUCCUUGUGAUGUACCAAAGUCUGAAGAUCUUAGCUCUGAGACCUUUAUGGUGAUGCUAAAUCCAGGAGGAGACCCUUCUACACCUGGGUACCCUAGUCUUGAUGGAAGCUUUAGACAGAGCCGACCAAACCUCACCUCCCUGUUAGUGCAGCCCAUCUCAGCGUCCUUUGCUAAAAAACUGAUCGCUUUGCCGAAACUGAGAAUGGAUAAUGAUACCUGUAGCCCUCUGGAGCUUCCAUAUAACGAAAAAAGAACUGUCAGUUUGCAAGUGCAGACAGUCACGGAAUUUAAACCAGUCACUAAUGUUGUUGGGUAUCUAAGAGGCUGGACAUCACCAGACCGGUAUGUUAUAGUUGGCAAUAACCACCAUGCUGGAUACGGAUAUAAUGGACAGGAAUGGGCCAGCAGUACGGCAGUCAUCACAGCAUUUAUCCAAGCCUUGAUGUUAAGAGUGAAGAAAGGAUGGAGACCAGAGCGUACCAUUGUUUUCUGCUCAUGGGGAGGAACGACUUGGGGCAACAUUGGCUCCUACGAAUGGGGAGAGGAUCAUGCGAAGGUUCUACAAAAGAAUGCUGUGGCUUACAUUAGCCUUCAUAGUCCUAUUCGUGGCAACAGCAGUCUGCAUCCAGUAGCAUCUCCAUCUCUGCAACAACUGGUUCUAGAGACAAUUAAGUUCAACUGUACCCGAAAAUCUCAGUGCCCAGGAGCCAAUGUCAGCUCUGUACAGAUACAAGGUGAUGCCGAUUAUUUCAUCAACCAUCUUGGAGUUCCAGCUGUGCAGUAUACAUAUGAGGACAUCAAAACAUUAGAGGGUCCAACUUUUCUCUCUGAAGCCAUUUUUCCUAAACACGCAACCAAAAUUGAAGAUGUUGAUCCAUCUUUCAGACUCCAUGAAGCCAUUACUAAGCUCUCAGGAGAAGUAAUUUUACAACUUGCCAGUGAACCUGUUCUGCCCUUCAGUGCCCUUGAUAUAGCCCUAGGAGUUCAAAACAGCCUUAGAGGUGAUGAGCCCAGUGUCCCUCACCUGCUUGCCAUGGCAUCACACCUGAGGGAGAGUGCUGAAAUCUUCCAGUCAGAUGAGAUGCGGCCUGCUAAUGACCCAAAAGAAAGAGCUCCCAGCCGUGUCCGAAUGCUCAAUGACAUCCUUCAAGACCUGGAGAAGAACUUUCUGAUAACGCAGGUGCCACCAGGUUUUUAUAGAAACAUCCUGUACCAUCUUGAUGGGAAGACAAGCCAGUUUUCCAUCAUCAAGGAGGCUUGGGAGCAGUGCAGUUCGCUGGCCUCAAAUGAGACCAUUCAAGAGGCCCUGUCCAAUGUGCUGAAUAGCAUCCAUUCAGCUCAAGUUUUCCUCAAAGCAGGAUUGAAUGUGUUUGAGAAUGUCUUGGUUGACAAGAACUGAGAAAAUACACAGCAUUUUAAAAGUUUGUUACAAGUAUAAAAACAAAAUCUCUAAACUGACCAGGUAUUUGUGUGUGUGUGUGUGUGAUCAAAAACUACCCCAAUUUUAAAGCUAUUAUGUGGCAUAUUUUUAAAUGUACAUAAGAAAGAACAUUUUGCACAUUUUAAAUAUUUUUAUAUUCCCAUCUUAGUAUAUAACAGCAAUUAUUGAAAUAAUACCCGAGAUUUAUCUAUUACAGAGAAAUAUGCUGUAUUUUUGUAAAUAAAAAGCUCGUGAGGGGGUUAAGAUAUUCUUGGCAUUACCAUUGCUGUGGACAGAAUGUGGAGGAAUGCCAGAAUUCUCUCUAAUAAAAUCUCCAGUGACUGAGUUUCUAUGUUAGACAUGGAGACCUGAUAAAUUUUCAGACAAAUGUUCAAGUAACUGUUCAAUAUGAAGAAAUAAUGCAUUUUGAAUGAGGGAUUGAUGUUCAGAACCACUUUGAAUGUUUCUAUUUUAUAAAAUGAAGUUCCUUUUCUUGACACAACUAGAUGUAGUAAUGCACUGGUUAUGAAGUUGAAUUUUGUUAAGUACUAAUGAAAAAAGAGCCAUAAACAUUCCUUGGGGAAACUCUCAAGAAACUGGAGAGAGCAAUUUAAAUGCAAAUUCUUCCUAAGGCUACACGUUUUGAAAAUCUUAAAUUGCCUCAAUUGAUGCUAUGUGACAAGGGACAGCACAUUCCUUCCGUUCCCUUCUGUGGUUUCUGAUGGAAUGACGGAAGCAGGGAAUCGGUUACAGGAGGGCAUCUCACAUGGCUGUCCCUCCUUACAUCUUUCCCACAAUCCCUUGCUAUAAAAUCAUUUUAACAGAAUACUGUCUAACAAUAUUGGGAAAAUCUCACAGUUUUUCUUUGAAAAUUCAAAAUAUCAUCAAAUACAUUAUUUUUGCCAGUAGUAAAUUACUGGCCCCCCAAAAAAGCCCUACUAUGAAAGAGAUGUCUUUUUGUCAACAAAUAUUCUAAAUAGAAGAAGAAAAUUUAUCAUUUCUCCCUUUAUUUUCCUUCAUAGUGGCUAAGAUAAAAACAGCAAAUAGGCAUGCCACCAUGGUAUCAAAAAUUUAAGUGCUUUAGAGCCUUUGUCUCUCAUGUAAGAGAUGGAUUUUGUAUUUGGGCAUUGUUAGUCAGAAGCUCCACAGUCCAUAUCCCUUCAAAGAAAAACAUUCUUCCUGGUGAUGGAAAAGCAAAGCUUUUACCCUACCUUGUCAACACAUUUGUUUUAAAAUAUUCUUCUCAUACUGAGUAAUGUAGUUUUCCUUUGAGAGUAGACUAUGAAAAUAUUUCUUAUGACAUUCUCUACACAUUUAAAUCCUGAAACAAUUGGCAUUACACAUGGCCAGGAAAAUGUUGUGACUAUCUUUGUUUGUCUAGGACUUUACUUCUUUUGGAUAAAGUAAGGUUAGUUUAAAAGAAAGCUGGAGUUGAGAGAAAAGAAUUAACCAUCAUUGACUAAAUAAUUUAUAAGGGGCAGCUCUUUCCACCAUUAGUAAUGAUUGUAUGCUCAGAGCAUAUAACUGGGAUAAUAUGCUAGAUAAUUUAGACAAAAACACAUAUUCAUCUGAAGUGCCUAUGUAUGAAAAUUUUUAUAUGAAAAAAUAAACUUCCUUUUAGCAUAUUUAAUGUACUUACCUAAUGUUAUUAUGUUGAACAUACUUGUUUGAGAAUGUUUGCCACACUGCUGAAUGUGUAUAGGAAGGCAUCACAAGGGUCUAGGUACUGCUUUCCUGGCCCUAUUUCUUUUCCAUAGUCUGCAGAGAUGAGCAGAAAAGGGGUGACAGAAUGAUUAGACUGCCAGAGAAUCAAUCCUAUGUCAAGGGUGUUCAACACUGAAUCAUGGUAAUGUACUUAUUUGUAUAAAGUUGAAUUUAAAACAAAGAAUGACAAAAUACUUUUGAUUUCAUAGAUUAUAAUCUUAGAUCAAACCCUAAAUUGUUUUAGCACAAUAAUUAAAAAAGUAUGAAGAACAGAAAAUCACUGUUUUCUAGAUAUUUAUUUAAAGACUUUGUACAUAGAAAUAACUAAUCACAUGUAAGUCCUGUAUUACUUCCUGAUAAAUUUAUUGUAUUAGUUCCUUGAAAACCACAGUUAACACAUUGCUAACCUAUUUUAUUAGAUCAUUUAAAAGAUCAAAUGAAAAGAUAAAAUUACAUUUAAAAUAGUUGUCAAUGAAUUCUAAAGAUUCUGUUCCACAUUUUGGUUUUAAGGGAGCCCUGACCCUUGUGACAUAGUAUUACAGCUGUGACAUGCUUACCUCAAGACUCUUUCAGAUGCAUAGCAUGUUAACUUUUUCCUGAACUGCCAAGAGAAAAAAGUACCAAAAAGGUAGUGAUGAGUGGGAUGUGAACCAGUAGUAUUUUCUAAUGGAUAUUGAGACUUCUAAGUAUCAAGUACUUCUCAAAGUACUUCAUAUAUAAUUGGUCCCAGGAAAUAACAAAUCAUAUAUGUUCCAUUUGCCAGGAAAAUGUGGAGAAUAUGUGCUGUGAAACUGCCCAAGCAGGAAAUCCAGGGAUAUUGUCGCAGUACUAGAGACAAAAGAGAGCCUAAGUGACAGUCAAGACUAAGGUUGAACAUUCUGCCUCAAUCGUAAAAGCACCACUAUCCCUAUCAGAUGUAGUACCUGAGACCGAUGAUGAAGAAGCACACAUGUCAGCAUCCAUUCAGAGAGGGGCUAAAGCUACUUAGAUUUUCAUCUUCUUGUCUAGUGUGCACUUCUUGUCUCCCAGAAGAGUUAUAGAUGGCCUAUUCAGUGAAUUCUUUGUAACUAGACACCAUGUCAGAUGCUGCUGUGGGCCAGGAACAUGAUUUUAAUGCUAGGCAAGCUCACAUUUUGAUCAUACUUGACAAAGUAUUCCCAGUCAAUCUGGCCCCAUCAUAUGAAGUCUCAGAAGUGACACCGGAAGUCAGGAAGAGGCUGAGUGAAAUGUUAUUACAGAGACCUCUUAGCUGGGAACAUCAACAGUCUAAAUUAGUAUUUUUUGAAAUGUGAAAUUAGGGGAAGAGUUUUCAGGAUAUCUAUUCUCAGACUCAAAAUUAUCUAUUUUAAUAAUUUCUAAACUGUAUCCAUCCUAUAUCCUGGUAAAAUAUCUUAAAAGCGUAUGAAAAUAUAAAAAAAAAUCACAUUGAUGAAGGAUUCCAAAGAUUUUGAAAAUGCCAUCAUUAAAACCCCAGUAAGCAGCUUCAGAGUCGAUUUGGCAGCAGGAACACUUGAAACUCAAUUGUGAGGACCUGAAUUCAGUUUCCAGCUCCUACUUUAGGCAGGUCAUAAAUGCCUGUAAAUUCUAGCAUCUAGGGAUUCAGUGCCCCCUCCUGACCUGCAGGAGCAUUGUGUACAUAUUCAUGCAUGAACAAAAUACCCCCCAAAAUGUAAUAAUACAAAGGAUGACCUAUUUUAUCAGCAAAAAGAGAAGUCAGAUGUAGCCAACAUCUAUGACACCUAUGGCAGGAACUGGUUUAUAAGUGAUUUACUUUUGUUUUAUUUUUCUUCCUGACUAUAUAUAGCAAUUCAUUUAAGAAGAAAGAAACAAGUUUAAUGAGACAUGUUCAGAAUUCUGAGGUUAAUAAAAGUGUUGUGCUGUCUUUUUCUCCUCAGAGAGACCCUGUAAUGUCAACGUGCAUGCUUUAGACCAGGCAAAACAGAAAAUUCAGCUUUUUUGAUUUAAAAACAUAAUGUGAUCUAACAUUUUGAUGUGAGCUUCCCACAAAAGACCAGCCUCAGGUAGUUCACCAGUAGCCUUGGUAAAAUCCACUUCACCAUGAUUGUAAAAGAUCUAAAAGCAGCAUACAUAAUCCCCAAUGACUGUAGCCCAACAAUGCUGUGCCUGUGUAAGUUGAGAAACCAUGAAAUCUAAGGACAUAAUUAUAUCAUACCAGGAAAACUAGGCUUCAAGUUAUAAUUUUAAACCAGAACGCACUACUCUCAUAAUACCUCCUCCAAAUGUCUAUACAAUUCACCAAGGGAAAAAAAAUAAAACAACAACAAAAACAAGUACUUUCAUAUAUGUCUGUAGCUAUAUAUCAGACCUUAAAACUCCAACAAACUUCUUAAAUAACUACAUAGCAUGGAGAAGUUUUGUUGGCUAUAAAGAUAAGUGUCACACAAAUAAGAUAUGUUACUCUCUUAUUAGUGGUGAGUCAGCAUCCUGACUCAGUUUAAAAAAAAAUGAGUAUUUUCAGAAUAAAUUGUUAGACUUAGCCAAUAAUGUUCUUCUGAGACACUUCAUACUAUAUGUAAUUAAUUCCUGCAAGAAUUAAGCUUUCUCUGUGGAUUAUAUUUUGUCAUAUUAUUGGUUUAGUAUGUUACUGAUAUGCACAUUUGCUUAAGAGAAAGGAAUUAUUUUAAACUGCCAAUACAUGGGCUGAGUAGAAGGGAAAAGUCUCACAUAUUUAAACAAAUUACUCUUCAACCUGUUUGCAUACAGGACUGAGAAUUCAGCCUAGGAAUAAGAAAACAAGCACAUAAUAUUUGCCUCACUACACAAGCAAAUUCAGAUCAAUUCCUUGAGUUUAAAUGGCAAUCUUAAAAACUGCUCAUUAGAGUUUGCUGUUCUGAAAUCUGAAAGAGCAUUGCAGAGUUCAAAUACUCUAUUAAGUGUGACUACCAUACAGUUGACUGGAUUUGCUUUAUUGAACUUUGAAUGUGAAGUGACAUAAGUUUGAAGAAUUUCAAACUAUAUUGUAGAAUGUUGCUGGUCAUCACCAUGUUAACUCAGAAAUACACUGUGUUUUCAUUCUAGAUAAACUCUAGAAAUUAUAUUAGACAUUGCCUUGCUGGAAGAGUGGUUUUAGGAUUAAUCUACUUAACACAAGUCUUUCUGCUAACUACCAAUAGUUUACAUUAGAUAAUACCAUUCCAUUACCCUUCAAAUAUGUAAAAUAACAGUGCCUUUAACAUAGAGAGGUUUUUAAGAAUCCUGAAGUGCAGCUUACUGUGAGGUGACUUGUUUCUUAAAGGCAUUUAUAAUUUCAUCUUCAAACUGGAUCAGGAUUUUAAGAGCAAAGGAAUAAACUAAGGCAUAUUUAGAACCUGCUGUUGUAGUAUUUCUGGUCAUAUUUUAUUUUUGGACAAAUAGUUACAAAGCUUGCAAUAAACAAAAUGGUGAAACUGAGCUUUUUUAGCCAAUAUCCACUCUGCAAAGCCAAAGAAACACAUGGUUGUUCUCCUUUCUCAUAUCUAGGAGUCAGUCAAAAAUUAAAGUACAAGCCACCUAUUGACAGCCUAAGCCCAGGGAAAUCGUUAAUGACUACACAAAAAACCUAACAGUAUUCACUCUUUCUUUGUUGAUAGGUUAAGCCAAUAAGCCCAGAAGUAGCUUUUCUCAGCAGAAGACAGAUUUUAUUUCCUCAGGUGUACCACGUCAGUCAGAAAAAGGCCACACAGGUGUCUGCCUUAUGCCAUAUAUCAUUGCAAACUCAAAAGAUUAAUAUGCAAUUAUUAUUAUGAAUGAUUAUGCUGCAUUAAUGUUGAUUGUGGUCUUUUGUUCUAAUUAAAGUGCAGACUUGGCAUCUGUAUAGAACUUUACUGAAGAAAUUGAGCCAGAGUCCCUUUGUUAAUGAACUACAAAUAUUUUUCAAUCAAAAUGUACAAUUUUAAUUACCUAUGCUCUUCAAUAAUUAUAAGUUUAUAGUUCCUUCAAGGAAUUGUAUUUCAUAUGGGUCCAUGCAUGGGAUAAUGCCUGAGUUUCACCUUUGAGAUUUCUUAGCCAUUUAAGAAUGUAUUUUCUGUACCUACAGUAUAAUUUUAUGAAAAUUAAUAAUAAUGAUAUUAUUUGGUUCUAUAUGCUAUGAAUGGACCUUACUCUGAAAUUUAGAACAAAACAUGACUAAUUUAUAAAGAUUAUUUUCUUUCUUUGUAUAGAGAAAGACAAAUAUAUAAACAAACAAAAUAUUUCACUAUACCAUUGCAGCUUGUCCACAAAAAGGAAAAUACCCAGAUGGUUAAGUGUGGCUCAUAUAAGUAUAUUCCAAGGAUGUUAUAAAUAAUUCCAUUUAGUAGCUAAGUCAGACUCUAUUAGGUGAUUGAGUGUGUACAAUGCUAACAGAAGGGUUUAGUGGCAAAUAUAUCCCACACAUUUUAACUUGGUAUUUGAAAAAGAAUUAUGUCUAGAUUAGAAAAGCUUCCGAGGGCAUUCUAACAUUCUAAUUUGUUUUUAUAGACACCCAGAAAAUUGCAUGGCAUUUUGAUAAUAUUUAUGUGGGCUUCCAAUGUUCAUAUAUAUAAGUGUUUAGUAUUUUUUAGCUUUUUUUUUAGUUCUGUUUCUAAAGAAACAACCUUUAAAUGGACAAUUUUUUUUUAUAAAUUUUAUAUAUUUUUGAAGUGCUAUAGUAUCAAAAAAUACAAUCGUAGAAUUGCAAAUGAAAAUAAGCAGAUAAAAAAUUAUAGUUUCAUGGGACAAAAUGCAAAGGCUAAUUUUACCAAAUAAAUGUAAUUUAAUUUAAAACAAUCACCUCUCUGAGUAUGCCAUUAAGUAUUAUUGUUAGCUUUUGUUCAAGAUAAUCUUAUUAUCUUCUGUGUAUGUUAAACUUCAUUGCAUAGAGAUUGCUAAAGUCUCCUUUAUUUUUAAUGACAUUAGUUUAUGGGUGUAUUUUAAUGACAUUAGUUUAUAGGUGUAUGUCUAUAUUGUCCAAUUACUACAUAUGGUCGAAUAUCUACUUUCUCUUUGUGAAUGUCCAUACAAAACUGAAUGAUUUUUGCAUGUUCUGAAGUGUGAUCUCAAUUCAGUAUAUAACCACUUUGUGUUACUUCAAAUGAUUCAAUAUGCAGCUUUUGAUGUGAUUAGAGUGAUAAGAAUGCAUUGACUUUCCAAAUAUAUGAAGAAUGAGUAAGCAUUUUAUAUUUCACUGGCUUAAAUAUUUGCUCAUAACGAAAAACUUAGUACUAUUAAAUAAAAGUAUCUUUAAAAUAGCAUGUUCUGAUUCAUAAAUGCAAUGGAUAUAAAUAUAUAAAGUAUCAUUUUUAAAGCAUCAAUUUAAAUAUAUAAAUUGCAAAUGAAAAUGAAUCUGUGUGCUUUUGUUACAAAUAUGCAGUAUUUUAAAUAUAUUAUUGAUGAGAUAUCUUUUCAUAAUGAUUUCCACAUCAAAAUUGGUAUUCCAUUACCCCUUAUUUAGGAAAGCCUGCUUAGAGUUUUAUCAUUCUUUGCUUUGGACUCUUUGUUUGAACAUUCUGUUUUCAUAUCACACCAUUUCAGGUUUCCAUUGUGUGAUGUAUUCUAACAUUGCAUAACCACAACUUUACCCAUUUGAACAGAGAUUUGUUUUGUUCCCAUAAAAAAAAAUUUGUGAAAUGCUGAAAGUUAUUCAUCACCUAGAAAAUGAUAUCUUUUUGCAUCCUCUAGCAAGUUUCAUCCAUUUAUUAAUUUAUUCAGUAAACAUGAACUAAGGGCCUCUUCUAGCCCAAGUGUUUUAAAAGUAUCCCACACAGUGUGCCUUCUAGCUCUUCAGUCCAAAAAUCAUGUAACAAUUUAGUUUCACAUUAAUAAGAGUUUUAGAGUCAGUCAUGGUAGAGUAGAUUACUGAAAACUGAACAGAGCAAAUGUAGAUGGAAGGUCACAUGGUGGCCUCCCUGACCUACCAUGUGGAUCUUUAGAAAAAAAUGUUCUUUACCCAGUGUUCUACUGUGUGGUGGUAGUUGUUCUCUAUGAUCUUACCAAUGUGUAACUCUAUGCUUACAUAGGAUGUUAUUAAUUGUGCCUUUUAAUCUUUAGAGACUAAUACAAUAGAUGCUAUUUGUAGAAGGAGCUGUAGGCUGCGUUCCUGCCACCCAGCUCCUGGCUGCCUGGCCAGUUUAUGCCCCGAAAUAACAACACACAAAUUGUAUUAUUUUUAACACUGCUUGGCCCAUUAUAUCUAGCCACUUUUUGGCUAACUCUCACAUCUUGACUAACCCAUUUCUAAUAAUAUGUGUAGCACCACGAGGUAGUAGCUUACCAGGAAGAUUCUAGCCUACAUACAUCUUGGGCUGGAGCUUCAUCGCGUCUGCCCCAGAGAGGAGAGGCAUGGCGUCUGGCUCACUUCCCUUCUUCCCAGCAUUCUGUUCUGUUUACUCCACCCACCUAUGUUCUAAUCCAUCGGGCCAAGCAGUUUCUUUAUUAAUUAACCAAUGAAAUCAACAGAUUGAUAUAUGACACUCCCACAUCAUUUCCCUUUUUCUGUUUAAACAAAAAAAGAAGGCUUUAACUUUAACAUAGCAAAAUUACAUAUAACAAAACAGUUAUCAAGUAAGAAUUACAGUUACAAUAUUUAUAUCUAUUUUAUAUUUUAUAAUAACAAAGGAAAACUAUAACUAACCAUUCUUCAACUCCAUCAAAGACUCCAGAAGGAUAUAAUAUUACCUAAGUAAACAAGAAGUAAGAAACUUCCAAAACUCUAGAAGUGACAGAGACAUCUCGCUGCCUGGACAGUCACCCAAAGUUCUUUUGUACUGCUGGGUCAUCCAUCUUUGGCCUUCAGGCCCAUAGUAUCCAGCAGACAUUUCCAUGAAACAGGAAAUUUUAAAGGCAGUUCAGUCACUAUCUGCUGUAUCCUGCAGAAUGUUUCGCAGACACUUUCAUGAAUCAGGAACCCCGAAAUAUAAUCUCACCUUUAGGCAAUUUUAGCAGUUCUCUCUUUGAGGGUUCUCUGUGUCCAGUUUAUGCAACAGUCCAGGCAAGAGCAGUUUCUUGCCCAAUGGCUAUCAAACUCUAUAAAGAGCCUCUUCGAUGACCAUCUUCCUCUUGAAGUAAAUUGGUGCUGCCAGGAGCAGACGUGUCUCAUUGUUAUGAAAAACCCUAAGUUAUUAAAAUAUUAAAUGCCAUAUUCUGUACUCUUUGAAAGAUAUGAAGAAUGUCUAUCUAAAAUAUAUCUAUGAACAUCUAGAAAAUCUAACAUGAUUACAAGCUUGACAAUUAUUAAUGAUUAUCCAUUAACAACCUAUAUACAUUACAUUUUUACAUGAACUACAAAAUCACAAUACCUUAGUCAAGGUCAGAAAAACAUAUACAUAUAACAAGAUUGACCUUAAAUUUAUAUAAAGCAAAAUCUAUACCAAUGCAAAUUAUUCAUAUCUAUAUCAUCUCCCCCUUUAAAUGUAAAAGAACAUUUAUAAACAAUAUUUGGGAAUAUGGGCACAGUUUUUUCUCUCCAAACUGCUUUGUGCUGAAUGGGGGCACUGUUAAUCAGAUCUUUCAUGGUGUAACCUGUGUGCCAGGUUUAUCUCAGUCGACAGUUAAGUGAAGUAAUUUUUGAGGGUGUUUACAGCAACCUUUCAGGAGGGUGUGGUCUGUCAUACUAUAUUGGGAUAGAAGAAAUCCACAGGGUUUCAUCCUCUGUGAAAACAAAAGAAGAAACUCCUUUCCAAAGCAUCAUGUCCUUAGAUCCAAAUUUUAAAGUCACGGUAUUUUUAAAAUAUCUAUCUUGGAUAAGUUCAGCAACAUUUAUAAACAAAUAUCUUUUAGGAGCUGUUGCUCCUUCCUUAGCAUUCAAACAAUUUAAAGAGAGCAUAAUAGCAUACAGUAUCAAGAUUUUUUUUUUUUUUGUAUUUUCCAUCUUUAUGUGGCUUUAUUUAAACCUCUAUUUCUUUUAUUUUUACUUUUAACUUUUGGCUUUUUGAGACAGUUUUUCUGUAUAUCUUUUUCCUGGAUCAGCUCUUGUAGACCAGGCUGGCCUCAAACUCAUAGAGAUCCACCUGCCUCUGCCUCCCAAGUGUUAGGACUAAAGGUGUACGCCACCACACCUGGCUCCACUAAUGCUAUUUUUAAAGCCCAUUAAUCUUGAGGGAAGUUUUAUUGAAGUAAAAACAUUGUCAUGGCUAAUUCCGUAAUUUUAUUAUUGAAUUCCAUGCAAUAGAGGGCAAAAUGGAGAGUUAGAUAAAUUAAUUAUUCAUAACUUGAAAACAUACAGAUAUUGUAUAAUAUGAUAAUAUAAUAUGAUGUGUGAUUAUAUUCUCCAAAACAAAACAUAAAGGGAUGUUGGAUUUUUAUUAAUGGCCUAUUGUGCACUUAAUGUCACAAUCAUAUAAUUUUUGUUCUUUAUUUUUUUUGUGCUAGAUUGCAGUUAUUGACUACAUACAACUGAAUCAUUCCUGCAUCUCUAGGAGCAAGCUAAAUUACUUAAUCAUGAUAUACAAUCACAUUAAUGUGUUCUUGAAUUCUGUUUGCAAGUAUUUUAAUAAGAAAUUGUGUUUCUAUGUUCAUCAAUGAUACUGAUUGACCUAUAUUUUUAUUUUUCUUUGGACAUUUGUCUAGUCUUGAUAUCCUGUUGAUAUUAGUUUUGUAGUAACAAUUUGGAAAUGUUACUUUACUUUCUAAUAAACUGAAUAAUCUAACAAA